ACAGAUUCUCCCAAGAAGGUAUUUGCGUUCAUGGAAUCUUUUCUUGUGCAUUUACAUUCUAGAAGAAAUUAAAGAGAACACACAGAAUUCUAAAGCGGUAAUUUGCCAUAGGAUAAUUAAAUCAUGACAGAACUAUUCCCAGAGUCCCCACCGCAAGUGGUGGAUGGUGUUACAUUAAAAUUUCCUGCAAAGUUAUGGAGAAUCGUUAACAGCUGCAGAACAGGUGCCAUUGCUUGGGAUUCGGAUGGAGAGUCAAUUAAGGUGGAGCGAAAAAUGUUUGAGGAACAAUACUUGAAAAAUGGUGCGUUGUUUAAGACUUCAAACUUCCAAAGCUUCAUAAGACAGCUGAAUAUCUACGGAUUCCGGAAGAUACCGACAAAUGGCCCGAAAAGUCAGCAAGAUGGCGCUACUUUUAUUUAUAAACACGACUUUUUCAGACGAGGUCACCCAGACUUUUUAUCAGAAGUUGUUAGGAAUACAGCCGUUAGGAAAACGCAAAGGGAGAAUGCAAUAAAAGAAGUUGAAGCCAAGCAUGGAAAACUUGAAGAUCUUAAGAUUGAAAGCCCUAUCUUAAACAAACAACUGCAGAGGACAGUAGACGAGUCUCAUCCUUUACUGAAAUUCCCAGCUCAACCUGUGAUCAAGUAUGGUGUCCCGGUGGAGCCAUUACAAAAAUCAAAGUCGAAGAUAACUACGGUGUACCUCAACCCUAGAGUGUCGAUGUGCGAUAUGCAACGGAUGAGCCCGACAAAGCUCCACCACCAGGUUGCCGACAUCCUGACGGCCAUGAAUGACGAUGACGAUACUCCACCUUUCAAACGGCCAAGAAAGACGCAUUCAAUCACUAUUUGUAGACCAUUCAAAGACAAAAUCAGCAUAAACAAUGCCGGUGACAAUGAGAAUCUAUCAAACAAUACACAAACAUUUCCUCUAAAGGUGCAUACUUCAAUAUCAAACCAAAUAUUAUUUGUUCCUAAUCCAUGCAACAAGCAGUCAGCAAACAAGAAAUUGGAUAAAGAAAAUGAACAUUUAAAAUGUCUUGAAAGUCUCGACCAGCUGUCUCAAGAAAGUUGCGAUUCACAAAAUUCUCUCAUGUUCGCCUGUCCAAUAGAGAAGGAUGAUGAUGACGAUGAACUACAUUCUGUAUUCAGGACAACUUUACUCUCUUCCGAGGAAAAGGAGGAAAUGGAAAUAAGUGAAUAUGGCGGGAAAGAUUUAGAUUUCGGUAAUGACGACAUUGAUGUGUUUGAUACGGAAACAUUUGACUUGGACACUUCUUUUACAGGCCUUGGGGAGGAGCAAGGGUUUUUGACACCAGCGUACUAUGACCCCGAUACAGGAACUGUAACCCUUCUUCUACCUUCAUUGAAUCCAGAAAUAUAGGUCUUACUUUGAAAUUAUAUGUAAGUGUACGUAUCCCUAUGUGACAAUUGUAGGACUUUCAACAGCGUUCUGAAUAACAAAUUUUGACGAAAUGAACGUCUUUUUAUUACUAAGUGGUGUGAUGAUACACAUAGCACCUUUUAUAACUGAGUUUUAGUUCUUACACUUAUUCAGAGGUGAAAUUAUUUAUCGUCAGUGCAACUGUUAAUUAUUAGCAGGUUCAAAUACUAUUUUAUUUUUACAUACAUGUAACAUAUGACAAUACAGGAAGUGGAGUCAUAA